AUGUCGCUAAACGGCUUAGACGAUCCCAAGAUUGUAGAGGCGCAUGAGGCUGGCGUUGCUGAGCCUGGAGGAUGGUUCCUGCUCAAGUAUUCGAGUCGCGACGAGGUCGAACUGCUGGAGAAGGGAAAUGGGGGCAUCGUCGAGAUUCGAAAUGCCAUUGCCGGCUUUGAGGAAGAAAGCCCGUUGUAUGGCUUUCUGCGGUACCGGAGGAGGAACGUCAUUGUUAAAUACCUACCCGAAGACUGCUCUCGGCUUAUACAAGCUCGAGUUGCCGUGCACUUCAACGCCGUCUGCGAACGAUUUGCCCCGUACGAUACCAUCUUCGAAAUCUCGACGGCCGCCGAACUGAGAGACACGAAGCUAUCUGCAGCCUGCUCCUUGCAUGCGGCAUCUGGGUCUACGGCAUCAUCCACCAGCUCGCGAAGACGACGCUUGGUGGAAAUUGCCGAGGAGGAGGAAGAGGAUCAACGAUCUUCCAAGCGGCAGUCAGUGCUGGAAUCCGACGAUGGCCGGCCGCGGACACCUGGCGGCCAAUCUACGGCGGGGGACGAGGUCAAGCUCAACUCUGAGCUGGCAUCUUCGCCUGAGCACAGCAAGUUUGCAGCCUCCACUACCUCUGAGGUCCCCAAGUUUUUAGGCAUUCCCGACGCGCCGCCUUCGCCUACGAGAUCGGUCGAUACGACCGACAGCUACAACUACUACCUCACGAGCAAACCAAAGGUGAAGCUCGCCGCCCGACCCGCGGCCGAAGGUGCGAUAAAGCCACAGACGGCUGGAAACUUUAGGCCGGUUUCAUCUCUGCCGGCCGGAUACAAGCUGUUUGGGAAGGGCCAGAAGAAGGGAAAAGGGAAGGACGGAGAUUCUGCGUCCUUGAUCCACGAGGAAAUCCCAGAGAUGGAGCCACCUGCUGAUGCUACUACUACGGCGCCGGCACCAGAGGACUCAUUAGGAAUCACUGGCGAUGCCUCACGACCGACUACGAGCACGGGGCCACGGGCCGAUACAUUGUCUGUGCCCGCGGCGCCCACUAAGCCUACCAUUACUCCUGAGAAGGCCAGGCUGAUGAAGGCCAUGAAGCUUAGGGAGAAGAAGAAGAAGAAGCAGCAGGAACAGCAGAAGCAGGAGCAGGAGCAAGAGCAAUCUGGAGCGGAUGCACCAGGCCCCGAAGAUAAGAAUACAAUCACGGAUAUGGAGUACGCUGUGGAUGCCGCUAUUGAAAGCCAUGAUAAUGAUGAUAAUGACGGACCGGACGCUGAAGAACCAAACGCGCAAGAAGAUGAGAAGCAAAAAAGCGAAGGGGCUGAAGAUGGAACAGCCUCCAUCAGCCAAGCGGAUUCGGGCGUGGUUUUGGAUAGCCUCUCGUCGUCUGUGCACAUAGAUGAAGUGUCCGAGGGAACUCGGUCAGAGUCGCCGGCAGUUCUCUCUUCGGAGCGCGAUGAGUCGACGGGCGCCUCUUCGCUUUCGGACUCGACCGACGAGACGGUUCAUGCGAAGGAUGCAGAUGAAGUAGAAGAUGGCACCGCGGGGGAUGAGGAGGCUCAGAAGCCAGCGCCCAGUGCAUCGGAGGAUGAGGGCCGGGCCGCAGAGGUUGAUGCAUCGGGAUCGUUGUUGCCCGCAGCUGUCAUCACUGCAGCUGCUGCCGCUGAACCAUCAUUGUUGAAGAAAGAUGAGUCGACGGCGACAAUGCAAACGAGAGAGACUGGCAGCUCGGCGGCAAUGGAGUCCAAUGAGACUGAGAUUGAGAUUGCUGCUGCCGGGGCUGCUAAUAAGGGAUCGGCCAAGGCCGAAAAUGAAAAGGAGAAAAAAGGGAUUGCAGUGCCAAUUUCAAAGCUGUCGGCGAAUAUUCCGACGUCGAGGGCCCCACCGACCGCCUCAUUAAGUGGCAUGGGAUCUGGCGCAGGCGAGAUUUUACCACCUGGUGCUGAUGCCGGUGCUGGUGCGACCCCUGGCGAUGUUGCGCAGGCAACGGGAGCGGAAACGGACAAAGGGGAAUUAGAGGCAGCAGAGGCUUCUCCACCAUCCACAUCCAUCCUCUCGAGGCACCACUCAGUCGACAAACAAACAACCGCCAUGGAGGAGGCGGAUCUCCUGCAGACGGACCCGUCCGAUGAGGCAAUUCCAAUCGAAACGCCUGCAGCAGCGACGACGGCCGGCGACACGGGCGCUCCCGAAGACGACACAGAGCCAGAACAACAAGAGCCACGGCGAUGCAGCUCCAAACGCGCGGCUGGCAGGCUGGCACCGAUCCGCACCGAUCUUGGCGACCAUAAUGACAGUGACAGUGACAAUGACAAUGACGAUGAUGCCCUCGUCCAGGAGACCCAGGCCGCCCACGACGACGCGCAGAAGCACGACAAUGAGCCAAUGGUGGCCACCAAAUCUCCGCUCACCCCUGUCUUCCCCAGCGCUCCCAUUGCCAAUGGGCCGCUAGGCGCCAGAGCUCCACAGGCACACACCGUUCGAACAGUCUCCAAUCCUGUCCGUGGCAACUUGAUCGCUCCGACAGAUGUAACUCAGUCCUCGGCGCGUUCUCUGAGUUCGGGCGCAGCUCUCUUACACAAGGUCACGCAGCAGCAGUCGGCCAGCCUCGCCACCAUGAAGCCCAACGUCGGGUCCAGCAUUUCGCAGCGCAUCAAGGCGCUCGAGAAGCUGUCGGCCACAUCAGGUGAUCAGUCGCGGCCCGUCAGUCGAGAGCGGCCGUCGUCGACCUUUUUCGCGGUGCAGAAGCGGGAGACGUCGAGGCCGCCGUCGGUCGUGGACAGGACAAAGUCCCUCAAGGGACGGGCCGCCUCGCCGACGCCGUCGCAGCCCGACGAUGCGCUGUUCGAGGGCAGAGUGCGCCUGCAGCGGUCGGGAUCCGUCGUCAGUCGGGUGUCCAUGUUUGAGCCGCUGGCCGCCUCUGCCUCGAGCCCGCCGUCGGGCCUGGCGCCCGGCACCCAGUCGCGAGGCCGGCCCGAGUCCGUCGCCAUCACCACAAAGAUUGUUCGCGACCAGCUGUCUGGGUACGAGCUGCCACCAAAGGACGCCUCUGACUACGGCUACCAGUCGCCGCUCGACCACCACCGAGGCGACCAAGGCUCAUCAGAACGACGGUCCAGAUCUCUCGAACGCGGCGGCGAGGACGACAUGGGUAGGCGAUCCUCGCUAAAUGCGGUAAAGGGGUUCUUCAAGGACCCGCGAAAGACUGUCACUGUCUCGACUAACAUGCGCCAUGCCUUAGUUUCUAGGACAACAACCCAGUCGCCUAGUACUGCGAGCCACCGCCUGUCCAUGAGCAGUCGCCGCUCCAUCACCUUUGACCGCGACAUUUCCAGCGUGACUGAAGAUUCGUUCUCGGGCGACGACAAGUCCUCUGAGAGGAAGACUUCGCGCGCCGGGCGGUUUAUGCGUAAGCUUUCCAGUUUCUCCACCGGGUCCAAGAGCAGCAAAACGAAUAAAGCCCCCUCAGCAGACGAAAGCGGCCGUACGCAGAGCAAUCAUGCCGGCGUGAACCGUCAACAACAACAACAACAACAACAACAACAACAGCCCUCCGGGGCUCCCGCCACCGGCUCCGACGAGGCAUCCAUCGUGUCAGAUUUGGGAGACGUCAACGUCCAGUUCCCCGACAGCCUGCUGUGGAAGCGACGCAACCUGUGCCUCGACUCGAAGGGUUACAUCCUCCUCAGCGCUCUGCCGACGCAGAGCAGCCGAGUGGCGGUGGGGACGAGAAAGUAUCACAUGAGCGGGUUUCGACAGCCCGUCACGCCGGACGUGGAUGCGCAGGAGCUGCCAAACAGCGUAGUCUUGGACUUUGUCGAGGGCACGGGCAUCCAGCUGGCGUGCGAGGAUAGGACCGGACAGAUGAAUGUGCUGCAUGUUUUGCAAGCUGCUCAUGCUAACCAUAGCCGAUGA